CUCCUCAUAAUCAAGAAUACCAACUUGCUCAAAAAAUGGAUACCCACAAAAUCAUUGCCUCAUUUCUCGUCUUCUCUUACUUUCUGUUUAUGGUUUCAAGCGCAGAUAUUUGCUUUCACGCUGCUUGCUGUCCCAACGAGCCUGUCAUUCGAUUCCCUUUCUGGCUAGAAAAACAGCAACCAAAGCCGUGUGGCUAUCCGGGUUUUGGCCUAUUCUGUGACAGCACAACAAACCUAACAGUUCUUGAGCUACCAGUUUCAGGAAAAUUUGUUGUCCAAGGUAUAGACUAUGCCUCACGAGAACUAUGGAUUAACGAUCCACAUGACUGUCUCCCUCAACGUCUUCUUUCCUUAAAUCUUGCGGGUUCUCCAUUUACUGGGGUGUAUUAUCAAGAUAUUACCUUGUUUAAUUGCUCAUUCGAUUAUACAAAGUAUCGGUUAAAUCCUAUAGCUUGUCUUAGUGGUUCAACAUACACGGUUUUUGCUACAUCAUCUGAGAGAGCAAUGAGGGUCUUGUCGUCGACCUGCAGUUCAAUAUCAACGAUUUCUGUCCCAGUGGAGUGGCCGUUUAAUGAGCAGGUGUUGUCCUAGGAUCUAAGUGAUGAUCUCCGGCUCACUUGGACUGCACUCCAGUGCGGAAGGUGCGAGUUGCAGGGUGGACACGGGUUGAAAAGUAACUCAGGCCAAGAAAUUGAAUGCAGAAAUGUUCCUCAACAUGGUGAGUUCUUUAUUCUUAACAUUGGUUUACUGUUUUAUAGUUUACUUUGUGAUAAUCAUCCUAUUACGGCCUAGUCUUACGAUGGUACAGUACUAGUAGUCACUUUCUGAAGGCUUGCAGUUCAAAAUGCGUAUACAACUGAGUGAUUUUGAUCCAUUAAUUAUUGGGCUUUAAUCAAGGUUAGGGCAGCAGUGAAUCUUC